CGGUGACGACACGGGGUGGGGUUUCCGUAUUGUGUGACGUCACCGACCGGGGCUUUCCUCCAAAACGUCAGAGAGAAAGAGAGAGAGAGAGAGAAGGAAGGAAGGAAGGAAGAAGCAGAGCGAGGCGAGCUGCUGAGAUUACACCGAGGUUUUGCGCUGUGUUCCCGGGGCGCAGCAAGAGUCGAGGCCGCCGUCAUCUGCCUGAAGACCCCGAGAGAAGAGAGAGGCGAGACGAACUGGACUGAUUCUACCUACAGCUUUAUCGGUCAACGCGAGGAGAGAGCCAGGCUAGGAGCCAGGAGCCAGAGAAGGAACCGAGGUGCCCGUCGCACCGCAUCGCUCCCCAGCCUCUCCUGUCGAAGAGAUCCGGACCUGAGCUGAAAAGACCGUUCAGAGAGACCGGCGUUCAACAGGACCGAGACGAAGACGAGCGGUGGAGAGGCUCUGAAUACAGCUGAGGAGAAUUAACUCCAAACUGAGGAAUUAUCACAACAUUCAGGCUGAACUCUGCCCUGUGGAUGUUUCUGUUUCCUUCUUUUUUUUACCCUCUCUAUUUUUAAGGAGAGUCAUUGAUCGGAGCAGACGUUAAUCUUUUUGAGAAUCACACUAAUGUUUCACCUCGACGUCUGCCUGGGAGAUGAAAGACUCGCUGCUUUCUCUUCUUUGUGAACCUUUUGACUGCCGAGUUUGAGAGAAACUCUGGGAGCCGACGGGGAUUUUUUUCUUCACUUUGAACUUGCGCAAUCUCUUUCGUUUUCUGUUUUAACGUCGUUGUUAUUUCCCUCUGUCUUUUCCUGGUAGCGUUUUGUUUCUCAUAAAGGGAAGAGAAGGAGGCGACUGGCUCAAGUUUCUCUAACAGGAGCUUGAGUAGCAUUUGCAUUCCAGUUUGGCUCUCACAAGGGGACAAAUCCUCCCUUGUGUGUGUGUGUGUGACUGAGUGUGUUUUUGUGUAGCUGAGUGUCCCUCUGCGAUACAUUAGCGUGUCUCAGGGGACAAUAACCUCCCCUGUGUGUCUCUUCUGGGAAAAUGGGAUCAGAAAAGGACUCAGAGUCGCCUCACUCCUCAGUGAGCGGCGUCCCCAACCCUAAGUGCCGUGCGGCGGGCAAACGCCAGGGCCGCAUCUCCUUUCACAGCCUCUUCCACAGCAAACGGGGCUCUCGGGGGGCCAGGGGCCCCAAAGGAGGAGCUGCCACCCCUUUAUCCCUUCUUCAACACACACAGCAACAGCUUCUCCCUACUGCCUUGAACUCAGCGCCCGCCGCAGCCUCUGCUACUCCCACAACGACGACCACCACCACAGCCACCACAACCCCCCAGGAUGCCGCCUCCAGCACCCCCUCAAAGCCACUCUACUCCAGCCAGUCGUCCCUGGGUGGAGCCCCUUCCUCUGGGGAGGCCGACCUCCUGGAGUGCCCCCUGUGCCUGGUGCGUCAGCCCGCCGACCAGCUCCCCGAGUUGCUGGGGUGCAGCCACCGCUCCUGCCUCUGCUGUCUGCGGCAGUACCUCCGCAUCGAGAUCACAGAGAGUCGAGUCCAGCUCAGCUGCCCCGAAUGUGCCGAGAGACUGUCCCCGCGACAGGUGGCGGACAUCUUGGAUGACGCGGCCCUGCUGGACAAGUAUGAGGAGUUCCUGCUGCGGAGGUGCCUCGCCUCCGAUCCAGACUGCCGAUGGUGCCCGGCGCCUGACUGCGGAUUUGCCGUGAUCGCCUCGGGCUGUGCCAGCUGUCCCAGGUUGGUGUGUCGCAGAGAGGGAUGCGGUGCCGAGUUCUGCUACCACUGCAAACAGGCCUGGCAUCCCAACCAGACCUGUGACUCGGCCCGCCAACAGAGGGCGCAAUCCCUGCACACCCACAGCAACCACUCACCCAGCUACACACAGGAGCAGGGACCCGCUGAUGACAUCAAGCCCUGCCCUCGCUGUGGCGCCUACAUCAUCAAGAUGAACGACGGGAGCUGCAAUCACAUGACCUGCGCCGUCUGCGGCUGUGAGUUCUGCUGGCUCUGCAUGAAGGAGAUCUCCGACCUGCACUACCUCAGUCCAUCUGGCUGUACGUUUUGGGGGAAGAAGCCGUGGAGCAGGAAGAAGAAGAUUUUGUGGCAGCUGGGCACCCUGAUCGGAGCUCCAGUUGGCAUCACCCUCAUUGCAGGCAUCGCCGUCCCCGCCAUGGUCAUCGGCAUCCCCGUUUACGUCGGCCGCAAGAUUCACGCCCACUACGAGCUGAAGAAGACGUCUCGUCACCGGAGGAACCUGGCCAUCACGGGAGGCGUGGCCCUGUCCAUCAUCACCGCCCCUGUCAUCGCAGCUGUCAGCGUCGGUAUCGGUGUGCCCAUCAUGUUGGCCUACGUGUACGGCGUGGUGCCCAUUUCUCUGUGUCGAGGAGGAGGCUGUGGCGUCAGCAGAGGGAAGGGACGAGGUGUACGCAUCGACUUUGAUGAGGACGACGGUCCGAUCACAGUGGCAGAUGCGUGGCGAGCCCUCAAGUCCCCGAGCCUCGGCGACAGCAGUCUGGACGGUGCGGUCAGCGGUCUGAGCACCACCUCCCCCAGCGAGGGGCUCUCCGUGGCCCCGGGGAUGCUGGGUGACACACCCCACUUUAACACCCUGGCAGGCGGCGCCCUGGGAAGCCGCACCGGCAAGUACAGCAGGCUGGAGGUGCAGGCGGGGGAGCUGGCUAAAGAAUCAGCCCAAAGGGAGACAGGCAGCCUGGGAGCAGGGAGCGACUGUGCCAGCACCCGUGGAAUGGCCGGAUCCAUCAUCUCGUCCUACACACUACCUGACAGGGAGUGCACCAACCUGGAGAUCCAGGUGGACAUCGAGACCAAACCCAGCCAUCUCUGCCUGACCAGCGAAGAGGACCUAACCCCGCACCCAGACUCCGCUGCCAUGGCGACCGUCUCAGGCGUGGAGGAGCCUCAGGACUGCAGCUCCAGGAGGGGCGGGGCUUUGUCCGGCUCUGUACUGGGACUGUCCCCAGGAUGUUCAAUCAGGGAGGGGCUCAGAGACGUCACCCUGGCUCAGCCGGAGAGCAUCCGCAGCGACCUGGAGAUGUCGGACACUCAAUCGGACGACAUCGCCGAGCUGACGUCAGACGACUGUGACUCGCCUCACCCGAAGAGCUGCCACCUGGCGGCCGGCCAGCAGCCCCCCUCCUGCCGAGCCCUGAACCCUUCCGAAGGCCUUCACUGUCCCGCAGACAGCAGCGUCAUCCUCUACGUCUGAGAGAGCAGCGGCUCCCGGGAUUGCACAACAAAAACGAACCAAUCCCCAGACAGUUCCACCACAGCUCUCCUUUACUUCAUAGCUUUUUUCUCUUUUGUCAUUUCUCGUUUGCUGCUUUUGCGACUCACAGACGCCGUCUUAAACACAGACAAGGUUCGUUUACUUUCGUCUGUCUGUCUGUCUGUCUGUCUUAUCUAUCUACCUGUCAAUCUCCUCACUGAGUACAUUGUCAGGGUUCUACCUCUGAGAUUUAUAAGAUAAUGAUUUAUGUUUACUCCUUGGUGCAAAAUGCCUUGGCUACUUAAGCAAAAAGAAAAAAAGAGGUACACAUUUUCCACAAGGAAUAUUGCAAUUAUGAAAUUAUGAAAUAGGGUGAAACGUCACCGAGCACAGCAGAGGGGAAACAGAUGUUAGUUGAGGACGAAGGGGAUGUUUCUUAAAAUGUGUGAAUGAAUGUGGACUUUGUACUCAA